AUGUCCCAAUGGGUCUUGGCUUUCGCCGUAGUCAAUUUUGAUUUGGAUGUUGGUCCUGUUGUUUGCGGAGUACAUCCACCAUUGUAUUUGGCCCCCGCAGAGAAAGAGAACAUUGCUUUCUCAUCCUUCCCGGAUUCCCUACAAUUCGAACAAGGCUCAGAAGUACAUUCUUUUCGCAUACAAGAUCUCGGCACAUCCCAAAAACGCGUCGUUCUAGAUCACGGUAACAACAGACCAGAUAACAUCGAUGGAUACCUUUAUGGAUAUUCGCACUUUUCCCAGAGAAGAGACAACACCUCGAAGCGAGGAUACCAACAGACUUCUCUCGUUCUUCUCUCACACCUACAGUACCCUGCUCUCUUUACCACCCUAAUUAUGAAACUUGGGCCCUUGUUCCUAACCCAUGGUGUACCUAUGCUGGAAACGGCAUGUCAUAACAUUGCCCACUGGUGCAGCCCAUCGCCGGGUUUGACUAUUGAGCUAGGAUUCCUAGGCUCAGUUCUCCAUGUCGAGUUGCCCAUGAAUGCAGACAUUCAGCAAUUGACAGAGACUGCAUCUUUUCAUGAGAAAUUUGACCCCACUUUGCAUCUAUUGUCUUCUAUAGCUCCACUUGACCCGCCUCCAAUAUCCAUAUUCGAGGCCUCCUUGCCACAUUUAUGGUCAAUAUGGGAGUGCCUGAUGCUUUGCGAGCCCAUCUUGGUAUUCGGAUCUUCUCCUGCAGCCACGAGUCAAGCAGUUUGGUGGCUCAGGGAUCUGUUACGUCCUAUACCUCUUGCGAACGAUUUUCGUCCUUACUUUACCAUCCAUGACAAGGAUCACGCACUUCUGGUCAAUAAACUCCCACCUAAAUCUGGCCUUAUCUUGGGUGUGACCAAUCCAUUCUUCCAGAAGUCAUGUGCCCAUUGGCCUCACGUCUUGAGCGUAGGGCUGAAAGCAAGUCCGCGCCGCCAGGCGACUAUUAUGGCAGGACCGCCACCUGGAUGGUGUACAAGAACUCAUCGCCGAUACAUUUCCAAAGACCGCCAAGUAUUGAAAGCUAUCGAGAAAGCUUGUCAUGCAAGCGUCCAAGACAGGAUACAAGCAUCUCUGGACCUAAGAAGACACUUAAGUUCGCGCACCAACACCAUGCUAGUUCCUCUGAACAGAUACCUCAAUACUCUGAUACCCUCUCCGACGGAACGUACCACUGUUUCGGGCUGUCGACGUCUAAAACCCUUCAGCACUGUUGACUUUUUCUCUUCGCUUAAGGCAAAUGGCUCCCCUCUGCCGUUUAAGUCCGCGACUAAGCGGAGGGAGUUUUACGAAAGGUGGCUGAAAACGCCGGCAUUUGGGUUGUGGUUGGCGCAACAAGAGGAAGUAGUGCAUAGGACGCUGCAGGAUAAAUGGACUGGCUGA